AUGAUGCCAACGUUGAGUUACUUUUUAGUCUUUAUACUUUUAAUAAUUUUUUUCACGGCAGGAUUGUUUCCCACCAAUCGUAGUCCGAUCCUGUAUAAUCGAUUAACAUUCAACUACACCGAAGAAAGCUCUUCCUGGUAUUGUGACGAUGUGUUCUUAAAUGUUGUGAAACAACACAUAAAAACUUACGGCUAUCAUCAAGCUUCGAAAGGACAGAGUUUCUCGCAGCAGUUAAGUCUCACUGAGACGGCCAACAUAAGCUUCCAUCUGUUUACUCGGCAGAAUCCCACCGCUAGCCAACGAUUAGUGCCGACGGUGGAAUCGGUCAAUGGUUCCUACUUCAACGCUUCCCGUCCAACUCGAGUGAUCGUGCACGGAUUUUGCAACUGCCAGCAUUCCGAUUUCUGCCAAAGCAUCAAAGACGCAUUGCUGUAUGCAAACGACCUGAACAUUAUCUCCAUCGAUUGGAGUGAUACGGCCGGUUUGUUAGAUUACAUACUGUUACGGCUACGGUUGGAUCAUGUUGCCGCAUCGCUCGCGAACUUUGUCGACUUUCUACACAACACCACAGACCUUGACAUGAGUCAAGUGCAUCUGAUUGGACACAGUCUUGGUGCGCAUCUUGCCGGCUUGAGCGGGAAACGGGUCACCACUGGGCGAGUAGGUGCAAUCGUUGGACUUGAUCCUGCGGGACCACUUUUUUCCAGCAGAGAUCCUACAGCACGACUGGCCAGCACGGAUGCAGUGUACGUGGAGGUGAUUCAUACCAACGGUGGUACGCUUGGAAUGUACGAUCCGAUCGGGACAGCUGAUUUUUAUCCGAACGGAGGCAAAAGUCAACCGGGAUGUUUGCCAUGGAUUUUUGGAAUGUCCUGUUCACAUGGCCGGGCGUGGGAGUUGUAUGCGGAAUCGGUUUACACGCCGGUUGGGUUUAAAGCGGUUCCAUGUGAUAGCAUCCAACAAAUCGAAGGAAGUGUGUGCCGUGCCGAUCUGCCCAAAGUGGAUAUGGGUGGUGAACCCGUGAAUGUUACAAAAUCGGGCCUGUACGUUCUUUCGACCAACAAUCGCUUCCCGUAUGCAAGGGGAUAG